AUGAACUAUGGUUUGAUCCAAAAAAUCCUAUAUAAGUUGUCGUCGCGCAUUUUCCCAGGCUUUCAUCUUUUUCCACAGAUAUCAUCAAUGCCACCAAAAAAGAAGCAAAAGCUUGAAAACCCUACUUGCUUACAUACCUGCAACAAGACUUCCUUUGCAAAAGCUUUCCUGCCAAAUGACAUCUACCGCCAAUGGCUUUUAGAUUACAUCGCCAUCAUCCAUCAACUCGCCGACCACGCUUCCCAUGCUCUCAAAUUCUACAUCCUAUCUGCACCAACCUUCACCGUGAACGAGGAGACCAUCGAAGCGAUUCUCUAUCUUCUCAACAAGGGGGAGGCUUGGCAUCCAAGAAAGGAAGCAAAGAAGGCAUGGCGGGAUUGUUUGCUGCCAUAUGUUCAACGGUACUGCCACAUCAUCAGCUUCGUUCAUCCAAAUCUACAAAAAGAGCAGCAGUCAAUCAAUUACCUGACAGCGAGUAUGAUGACGAACCUGAAAGUCAACGUUCAAGAGCAUUUCAUGCAGAUGCUCCUUUGGUACAUUAAUCUGCGGCUCGAUGUGAAGGGACAGAAGCAGCGACUGAAAAGCGAUGCGCGAAACGCUUUCUUUGCUCGUCUUCACUACUUGAAGUCAAUUUUCCUUUUUGAUAUCGUGCCCGAGUCACUCGAUGACUUGUGUAACGACGAGGACGUCUUCGAGAGAUCGCGAGUAAGCCCAAAUCGGACGCGGGAAGCACGAAUCGCGUGA